AUGUGUUGGGUAUACAAGAAGGUGGAUGAAAAUGGGGCAAUAACAAUGCAUUGCGAACUGUGUGAAAAAUUUAACAAGAUAAAAAACUGUAAUAGCAAGGAUAAUAUCUGGGUCACAACGGGAUGUUCGGAAUUGUCAUUUGACAAAAUUAAGAAGCGUAAGGUAAAUGAAGUACAUAGACAAGCUGAACAACAAGAAUUAGAUACGACUUCAAACUCCCAGCCGAAUUGGAACCGUACACGAACAAAAGAAAUAACAAAACAUCAAAAAUCUAUCCAAAAUUUGAUAUUAGCAAGUAUUAGCUUAUGCCAAAACGAUCAAUCAUUAAAUAGUUAUAAAUCGAACUGUAAUUUAUUGGAAGCAACCGGUGUGCAAAUGUUACCGUCUCAAGUGGUGGGUAUAUGUUAUCGGAACAAUGAUGCUGCCUUAUCGUUUCUACAGCACACAGCCAGUGUGUUACACGAAGAACUGUUAGAAAAAAAACAAGCAAGUCCUGUAUUAGGCUGGAUGAGGGAUGAAUCGACAUCACGCUCGGUUCAAAAAAGCUGUGUCGUAUAUGUGCGAUACAUUGAUCGUUUCGAAUCCAAAACAGCAUUCUAUUGCCUAAUGAACAUGAAAGGCGAUGGCACUGCGCAAAAUAUUGUGGAUACAAUUAGUGACACAUGGCAAAAGGAUGAUUUAAAUCGAACGAAAUCCUGCUGGUUCGCCUGCGAUAAUGCGUCAACAUUCACGGCGCCGUGUUUUGUACGAAUCUUUAUAUCAAAAUGUUUAUCGCCCACAAAUAGUUUACCUGGUUCUAAAUCACGAACGACACUCGAACCAGUAAUCGUAAUAGGGACAGAUGGAUUUGAUUUUGAUUGUUCAUGGUUAGAUGAGAUGAGAGAUGAUUAUGAUAUGGAACUUGAUUGCGUUAACUUAGCAGUAACGGAUGAUUUCUGA